UCUUAUGCCAUGCAAAUUGAAUGCUUCAACAACCUUCAAAGGUAUGUUAGUUCACACUUUUGGUAGACAAGAAAUUGAAAUUUAUAUAUAAAUAUGAACUUGCAUCCAUUCACACUCAAUGCAAGAAACCAAAACUUAUUUAUUAGAAUAGUUUAUGUGAUUAUGUACACUUGGUGAAAUAUAUAUACAUCCCCACAUUCGAUUUACACACAAUUAUGCAGUUCAUCGAGUGUAUCAAAGAAUAUAAUCAUCCGAUGUGUUGCAUUCUAAAUCUUCGCAUAUAAGUUUCCCCUACCAACGCGCAAAAGGCUAUAUCUAGAAGUACUGAUGCAUUAGGUUACCUAAUAUGCUAAUUAUUUUAGCAUUUUAGGAAAUCGAUGCAGCGAUACUUCUACAUAUAUAUCGAGCAUCUCCUGUACUCGCACGUCACUACAUCCAUUGUUAUGUUACUAUGCAACAAAGCUUGCGCAACAAGCUACACUGUCGGAGACUCUUCGGGCUGGGACUACGAUGUGUCGGGCUGGGAAAACGGCAAGAGUUUCAAGAGUGGCGAUACCUUAGUUUUCAAUUAUCCGGCUGGUUUACAUAGUGUGGUUGCUGUGGAUAAGUCGAGCUACGAUUUAUGCAGUGUACCCGCAAAUGCACCAACAUAUACUUCAGGCCAAGAUAAUAUUGUUCUUAACAAAGGCGCUAAUUAUUUUAUUUGUGGCAUCGACGGGCAUUGCGAGUUCGGGAUGAAGAUUGCUGCUAACGCUUUUUAAUUAAUUACCUCAUAAUUACAUUGAAUUAAAAUAAUAAUGUGAUUAGUGUUAUCCCAAUAAACAUAGCCUACCUUUUUCUGGUAGUUGCAUUGAUUAAUAAUGUAAUUGGUGAUCGACAUAAGAAAUUGUUAUUCUUGAAGUAUAUUUACUAUUUAGUCCCUAAACAAAUGAUGUAUAUGCUCGUUCGAGCUCGACUCGAUUGCUUAUAAAACUCUGUUCAAGAACAACUUUAAAUAAUAAAAAUUCAAACAAAGUUUGAAAAUAUAUGGUUUUGACUAGACUCGAUUUUUUUAGUAAGAAUAAUGUAUUUAUAUAUAAUUCUUAUAAUAUAUAUAGAAUGUAUUUUGAUGUCAAAAAUAAUAAUUAUGUCAAAAGAAUCAAAUGAAAAAAAAAUUAUUAUCCCUAUAAUCACUAGUGAUAUAUAUGAUUGUGGAGAAUCACUAAUAUCUUGGUCAUAAUCAUAGGAACUUGAUUAAUUGAUUUUCUCAAAUAUAAAUUAAUUACAAUUGCAUGAAGAUUAAUAAAUUGAUUGUGUGCCAAAUUAAGCAAAUAUGUACUAAAAUCUCCAAAUCAAAUAAAAUGUGAAUUCUAGUAAUUAAUAAAUCAAACAAACUUACCAAAAACUAUACGAAGCCCUAUUAGUGUAUAUAUAAAGCUCCACAUAACCAGGAAAAAAUAAAAAUAAAAAACAAACAAAAUCCCAACUCGAAAUAAUAAAUAAAAAAAAAAUGACAGAGGUAAUUUCUUUGAGAAUUAUGGUUUUGUUAAUGGUGAUUAUGAGUAGUUUAGCCUUAAUUACAGAUGCUAAAGUUUAUUACGUUGGAGGGAAGCAAGGAUGGAACCAAAAUCCACAACUUUGGCUUGGUGACAGAACUUUUAAGGCUGGGGAUAUACUUGGUAUUU